AUGGCUGGAAAUCAGAUGCAUAAUAUGACCACCCUCAUAAAGAGGCUUGAGGCAGCCACCUCUCGUCUUGAGGAUAUGGCAAUGUCAUUCGAAGGCGCCAGCCAAGCGAACCACGUCAACCUCACGACUCCUGUACAGCAAGGAGCUAUAGAGCCUUCGAUACAACCUCCCUCACCCCCUACCCCAACACCCGAUCCCGAUCCACCACAAAUUGAGGACUUUGAUGCCUUGAUCAAGAGCGACGUUCAAGCAUUCGUUGAUCUCGGGAAACAAAUCGGAGGACUAGUUGGAGAACAGGCCGAGGCAGUUCUUCAAGCAUUCCAAGCCGAACGCACCUUCAUUCUCGUGACCACAAAAGCUAAGAAACCCGAACCAUUGGCUCCUGAACUCAUGACCGAACUUCAUAAAGCAUCCGAUACCAUCAACAACAUUCGCGAAUCCAACAGAAGUUCCCCAUUCUUCGACCAUUUCAGCGCUAUCGCAGAAGGUAUAGUUGCGCUAGGAUGGUUCUUCGAGCUUAAACCUGCGACAUUUGUCAAUGAAAUGGUGGGCGGAAUUCAAUAUUAUGGUAACAAGGUCUUAAAGCAAUACAAAGAUAAGGAACCACUGCAUGUUCAGUACAUCCAAGCAUACUACAAGGUCUUCAAGUCGCUGGCCGCCUACCUCAACAAACACUAUCGAACCGGCUUGACAUGGAACAACCAGAGCGACCUCAGCGCUCUAGAUGCAUUGAAACAAAUCCAGUCCGGCUCUACUAAAGCAGCACCUGCUGCUCCUGCCCAAGCUGCUGGUGCACCUCCGCCACCUCCUCCCCCCCCUCCUCCUCCUCCACCACCACCAGCUGACCUAGCUGUGCCUUCUGCAUCGCAGCCCAAGGGAGGGGACAUGAACGCAGUAUUCGCCCAGCUCAACCAGGGUGAUUCUGUUACCUCAGGUCUUCGCAAGGUAGACAAGUCUCAAAUGACGCACAAGAAUCCUAGCCUUCGUGCAGGAUCUACCGUUCCCGAGCGAUCCGACUCCCAAAGCAGCCUUGGAUCACCCAUCAACCGCGGAAAGUCACCUGCACCAGGCAAGAAGCCCAAGCCCGAAAGCAUGCGGGCUAAGAAACCUCCCCGAAAGGACUUGGAGGGCAGCAAAUGGUACGUGGAGCAUUUCGACAGUGUCUCCGACGUGAUCGAAAUCAACGCCCAACAAAACCAAUCCAUCCUCAUCUCGCGCUGCAGCAAGACCAUCGUCAAAGUGAACGGCAAGGCAAACGCAAUUUCAAUCGAUAACUGCAGUGGCCUCUCCAUCAUCGUGGAGUCAUUGGUCAGUAGUUUGGAGGUGAUUAAAUCCACCAAAUUCGCGCUUCAAGUUGAUGGUGUUGUGCCUACUUUGCUUUUGGAUCAGGUCGAUGGUGCAACGGUCUACCUUUCGCCUGCUAGCAUCAAUUUGGAGAUCUUCACCAGCAAGACUACUGGAACGAACAUCUUGUUACCCCCCAAGGAGGGUACGGAUGACGAUACGACUGAGGUUCCUCUACCAGAGCAGAUUAAGAGCUAUGUCAAGGACGGUGUGCUUGUUAGCGAAAUUGUUGAGCAUGCUGGUUAG